AGGUGCUGGAGGUGCCGCUGCCCGAGGAGGACGUUGACGUGCCCCAGGCAGAGCCGCUGCCGGAAAGGCGCGUCCCGUACACGAUGCACGUCCUGUCCCAGUAUCCGGACCACCACCACUUGCCAGCUGAGGGCGCUACCCAGAAGUUCAUCGUGAACAAGAUUCAAGGUGCCUUGGAGAAUACGGAGUCGCUGAUAAAGCACGUGGAGGUGCGCGUGUUGGUCCUGGAGCACUUCCACAAGGUGAAGGCAAAUCACAAGAAGCCUGCACAGGGGGGACCGGUCGACAUGGACAUUGUUUUGCCGGUCGAGGCCCAGGAGCCGAAAACACAGUCGGACGACGGCUACAGGAUGCUCGCGCCCUACCAGGUGAAGGUUGUGAUCAGCCUGAAGAACAAGAAGGAGGUCAUCUUUGCGAAUCCCGAGAAGCACGCGCAAGCGACCAUCACUGAGGCUAUCGACGAAGCUUGUGACGGAAUCCAGCGCUUGAUGCGGGAGGAGAAGGUGAAGGAGGUGCAGAAGCAAAGGCGAGCCCAGAAGGAUCUAGGCACGGAGCAACAGGAGUUGGACGAGUUGGACGACGAGUUGCUUGCGGUCAGCGAGCAGGAGGCGCUCAUCGAGGACGCCGCCAUGGAAGAGUUCUACCAGAAGGUUGAGGCCGUGACCGACAGCGCGGAGUCCGAAGGUGCCGAUGCCGAAGCCCAGGCGCCGCGGGCUCCCACCGCCCCGAGGGCGCAGCAGGCCGCGGCGCCAUCGGGCACGCCGUCGUCCCUGCGGGACCUGCUCCUGUGAGCGACGGCAGCAGGAGCGGUGCCUUGCCCUCCUCCUCUCGGGAUCCAGGUCACCCCCCCUCUGGUGGAUCCUGAACCUCCCAUCCGCAUUCUUGAAGAGGCGGGCGGAUGGGUAGGUACUGGCAGUCGAGGAUGCGAAGGGCGCUGAUCGCCGCGGGCGUGCAUAUACGCCGAUCCUUUUUUUGAGGCCAGGACAGUUUAAUCGUCCGGGCCGAUUUUGCCAGGAAGUCGACCCCCUCACAUAUACGUCAAGUUGAAAACAAGCAGCAGCACAUAUUAAAUCACUACUGAGAACUAUGACUGGC